CAAGUUGCCCCAUAAAUACUACUCCUUGCCGUUGAUGAGGCACUUUGACCUCUUACGCAGUAUAUUGCGCAGGAGCCUUUGCGUGGUGACUCGCUCUUAUCUGCCAUCCAACUGAACAUGCCGAGGGAACAUUUGACCCCAAACGCCUGCCUUCGGUGCCGGGAAAAGAGGACAAAGUGUGACGGCCAGCCAACCUGCAAGAGGUGCAAGGAACGAAAGGAAGAAUGUUUGUACGAGGACAAAAAGUUGAGGACCAAGGGACACUUGAGGAGCGAGAUCAAGAGGCUGCAGACCGACAAUCAGCCAUUGCACGACCUCCUUCGCGCCCUUACAAACCAUGUCCCGGAGCGCUGCGAGGAGGCUUGGAACCGAAUGCGAGCAGGCGUUCCUCCAGACAGUACGGCAGAAUGGAUCGUCGUACAAUCGUCAUGGUAUACAGCCGGACGGUCCAAGACCCUCAGACUGGGUCACGAGAUGGCAUCUGCUGCGUCUCCCCCCUCGGCGGAUCCGGAGUUUGGCUGUCUGAUCGAGACGCCUUCGACCAUCCUCCUCGGCGGUCCCGCUGCCCAAGGGCGGCCGUAUCAUGGAGCCAAAAAGGGCGGGGGUAUCAAAACCAUCUCUGUUCCCGAACAGCCCAUUGGGCCCUCUGUCGACCCGCCCAAGUGUCGUCUUGGUGCCGGCUCGCCCCUUCCUGUACUCCGGGAAACCGCGACGCAAACUCCAGCCCGAGCCACUCGAGGGAUGGCAUGGGGGUCCUCCUUUCAGGAUGACUUCGAUGCCCAAACUUUCCUUCCCGAUCCAGGGGGUUGCAUGACGGUCUUCGAUUUGCCAAGACGCCGGCACUUCCCCUUUCCAGAGAGCUCGAUUGGUCCGAUCACUUAUACAUGGACCGAGGUCACGUCCGACACAGGCCUUGUUCAGCGGCUGCUGGCCGGCUUCUUCGCCAGCCCGCUCUCUUACCUUUUCCUGGUCUCGGAGCGCCACUUCGUGCAAGACUUCCGUGAAGGAAACUGCCGAUAUUGCUCAGAGGCUUUGGUAAAUGCAAUCCUGGGCACUGCUUGCAAUAUGAUCACUGUGCCGUCUCAACUGGUCUCCAGACUCAGGCUCGAGGAUGCAUUCAUUGGGCAAGCGAAAAGGUUGUUGCUGAGGGAGCCAAGCCUUGUUAACCUCCCAUGUAUCCAGGCUCUCGGGGUCCUGGCUCUGGCUGAGAUGGCCCGGAGAAACCAGGACGAGGCCGUUGACCUUGCGCGGGAGUCUCUCAGGGCAUGUAUCCAUCUCCUAUUGCAUCAGCAAAACCAACACGGCGACCCUGAUGACGAAUUCGGGACUGUGCUGGGAAUGACCUAUUGCGGGGUGUUGUCCCUGAAUCGGUUAGCAGCGCUUAUCAGGCUUUUAAGUGGCAAUCUCGAGCUGAAGGGUGCCCCGUUGCUUAUGAGGAUCCAUACCGACUGGGGAGACCUGGGGGAUGACACCCCUGAAGCACGCGUCGAGAGAGGUAUUUUACUGUACGCGCAGUUCUAUAGGCAGCUGCAGUACUGCCCCCCGCUGGCCCGGUUCGUUUUCAAGGUCACCGAGGCGGUGCACACUUUCAGGACAUAUAGCGCCUGCAUCACUAUGACGGCUGACGACCUUGAUGGAACCUUCCGCCGGUGCAUUUCCUACCAUCGCCAGGUUGCUGGGUCGUUGGCUCAUGACGAGGGGUUUGAAGCCGAUGUGCUUCUCGCUCGGUAAGCCUCUUUUUCCCACCCCACCGUGCCGCUCUGCAAACCCCUGUCCUAGGAGAACAAGACUGAUUCUGUAUUAAGUAUAUGGUUCCACUAUUGCCUCUUCAGCCUUCUUCGCCCCCUUGUCUCAGGCUCGGAGAACCUUGU